CCACUCCAGCUUCCGGAAUUAGCUUGGUAAUUUCCGGUUCCCAAUAUGGUAUCGACGUGACCGAAGUCUCCGCUUUGAAGUCCUAACUUUAAAUUUACAACACUGUGCAGGAUCUACAUUUGUUUCUCAGCGACUUAUUUGACCAAAUUACGAGUUAGAUAAGUAAGUAACUUGCUUCGUUUUAAAAAUCAUUUGUAAACUCGUAGCUAGUAAAACUUGAUUGUGAACUCCUUGAGAAGUCUUCACCUGUACUGACAUUUGAAAUGAUAACCUUUCUUGAAAGGAAUUGAAUACCCAUGAUGAUUUCAAGGACCAUGUCAAUCAGGGCACUCCUGUUCUUGGGGCUCUUUCAAGCUGGACAGAGGAGUCUAGCCUCAGCUCCAGAAGUCAAAGAUCCACCCAAGAGGAUAGCUGUGGUUGGAGCGGGCAUCGGUGGCACAGCAACAGCUUACUUCCUGAGACAGGAGUUUGGGGCAGCGGUGAAGAUCGAUGUGUUUGAGCCAGGCACUGUGGGGGGGCGACUGGCCACCCACAACAUGGGGGACUAUGAGUACGAGACGGGGGGCGCAGUUAUCCACCCUCUAAAUCUGCACAUGAAGCACUUCCUUGAAAGACUAGGCCUUUCCCAGAGGCGAGAUGUCCCUGGAAAAAUGGCCAUCUUCAAUGGAAAAGAGCUCAUCUUUGAAGAGAGUGACUGGUUUAUUGUGAACUUCCUGCGCCUGCUUUGGCGGUACGGGUUCAACUUCCUGCGGAUGCAGAUGUGGGUGGAAAGUGUUCUUGAUAAGUUCAUGAGAAUCUACCAGUACCAGCAGUUUGGCUACUCCUUCACCAGUGUGGAGAAACUCCUGCAUGCAAUGGGUGGUGACGAUUUCCUCACACUAGCCAAUCAGACACUGGAGGAGGCCAUGUUGGGGGAGGGCUUUUCUCAGAGCUUCCUCAACGACGUUGUGGCACCUGUCACCCGUGUGAACUAUGGCCAAAGUGUCCGCAUCAAUGGAUUUGUGGGGGCGGUGUCUCUAGCAGGGGCAGACCCAGGCCUGUGGGCAGUGGACGGAGGUAAUAAGAAGGUGUGCUCAGGACUCCUGUACCACAGCAAGGCCGAGCUCAUCCCAGCACGAGUCACCUCUAUCGCUGUCAAGUUGCGACCAUCUAAAGCAGGUAUCACAGCCAGUCUUUAUGAGGUAAACUAUGUUGGGGACUCUGGCUCCGCCCAUUCCCUGUAUGACAUAGUGAUUGUGGCAACACCUCUCCAUCAGGGAAAGUCUGACAUCACCUUUGCAGGCUUCUCCCCGCCCAUCCCCUCCCAAUACCCUGGGCGCUACCACCAGACUGUCACCACCCUGGUCCACGGCCUCCUCAAUGUGUCCUACCUGGGGACCUCUGAGAAGCCCUCUACCUUCAGUGUGUCAGAUGUUCUCACCACAGACACCAAGGGCUCCAUCAUCAACAGCCUGAGCUCUAUUGACCCUGUUCACAUCCCACCAAGCUACUCACGCCCGCCAGCCAGCGAGAGCAAGGUGUGGAAGGUGUUCUCUCCUCAGCCUCUGUCCCAGGAGCAGCUCCGGGACAUGUUCCUAUCAUGGGACUCCACCUCAGAAACUAAGUGGCUGGCGUACCCCGCUUAUAAUCCACCUCACCGUAGGACCCCUCCGUUCAUCCUCCAUGAGCGCCUGUACUACCUGAACGCUGUGGAGUGGGCAGCCAGCGCCAUGGAGAUGAGCGCCAUCUCAGCCAGGAACCUGGCACUGUUGGCACAUCACCGCUGGAACUCCCAGGUGGGCAGAAUCGACCAGGAGGACCUCCACACACGUCUGAGAGGAGAGCUUUGAAAAGGGAGGGAAGGAGGGAGGGACAACAGAGGUGGAGAAAAGUAAUAAUAAAAAGCAAUAAUAUCAGUCUGAGAUAUUUCACACUAAAACACUCCUGCGUACGUGAACAGUAGUAUUGGGUGUUCUGCCCAAUUAUGAAGCUAUAUCCAUUGACCCACUAUAUUGAUAUAUUUUGAUUUGAAAAAUUCAACUGAAAUAAUAUCAACUGCAACAUUAGCACAUAAUUUUCAUCAGAUAUUCUUAUACUGUGCUGAAUAGAAUGAUCACUGUGACAAUAGCAUAGCAAGCUAUGCUAUACUGCAGGGUAAAAGUACAAUUAUUGUUUAAUACAUGCAUGCAUUGGGUUUUCACAUAUAUAGCUGCACUAGAUGGUGUUGCUAACUUUCUGCGUUUCUAAAUGUGUCAAAAACAUCUGGAUAAUGUACCCUGUGGCUCCUCUAGACCCAUGUAUGCCUUCAUGCUGCGUCUCAAGCUCUCUACCUCUGGCGUAGUGUUGAAAAGGUUGUAAAGCAAAUUGGUUGGUGAAAUGUAAGCGGUUGUGCAAUUGAAUAGUUCUUGCAAGGAAAAUUGGCCAACAGAUAAUUGCAAAGUUUUUGGUGUUAUACAAUUAUGAAUACACCCAUGAAGAACAAACCCCUAUUCGCACUGAUCAUUUGAUGUCAUUUGAAAAUGUACUGUAGUCUAUUUACAUAUUUCUAAAUUGUGCCUUUUUUUAAAUUACUAAGCAAUGGUUUUUAUAUCUGGGAUUCCUCCUUUCUACCUUCAGAAAAUAUUUAGUCUCUGUUUUUGGUAUGUUUAUGUCAUCUAUGUGAUGAGCAAAUUGUGCCAUGAAACUAGUCUUCCAUUGUGACCAAAGUGAAAUAUAAGAACACAAAGUACAUCUAUUUUACUGUGAGUGACAAGUAUCCUUCAGAAAAUAUUGUCUUCUAUUCUGGGAGGUUAAUUUCACGUGUCUCUGUAAUUUGUCUAGAAUGACUUGUUGAAUAAUUGUUGUUGGUUUAGCCUUUCUAACACACUUUUUGAGGUUUUUAGGGUUUCUGUGCGUUUGAUAAUGUGUUAGAUACUGUACAAUAGAAAAUGGUGCACUUUGAUAUAUAGAAUAAUAUGACUAAUAUUACAGCAAAAUUCCCAUAUGUUUAGACAUUAACUAUAUUGAUUGAAGAGGGACAGUAUUUUGAAAUCAGCUGAUUUGUUGGCACGGAAAUGCAAGCUUUUGUAAACACAUUUGAAAUCAGUUUGUAAUUGCGAUGUGUUUCAUGCUCUAUUCGACAUGGUCUUCUAUGGAUUUUUGUCCAUUUUUUUUUUUUUUUUUUUUUUGUAAAUAGGACACUUGAAAUCAAUGUUUACAUUCAGAAUAAAGAGAUAACACACUGAA